UGUAGAGGUCUCGUAGUUGCCAAGCGUUCGCAGAAAGGAACGCACGAAUUUACGUGUCGUUCGUUAAAAUAAUGUAGAGUUUUGACAGAUAAUCGACGUCGAGUAUCUCCGUGCGUUAAUCUAUACAUUCUGUGAAGUGAGAGGUACUAUUCCCUGGAGGACAAGAUGAUGUCUGAUCGGAAAGCUGAAUUGGAGAGGAAGAAGGCGAAGUUGCAAGCUAUCAGGGAAGAAAAGGAAAGGCGCAGGAGGGAGAAGGAACAGAAAGAUGUAGAAGAAGCAACUGUUCGUGCUGCUGGCACAGACAAAGACCAACGCAAGGAAAUAGAUGCAAUGCUAUCUUCCUUGGGUGUAGCACCAGUGUCAGAUGUACUGUCCAGUUUGUCCAGUAUGAACUCGUUAACACCUGAACAAAGUGCCAAUGCCACACCAGAUGCCAGUUUACAACCGUCUAGCAUAAAUUCUGCUCAAAGCAGCGCAGGACGAAGGAAGAACCGGGAGCUCACGAUCGUUUCUGUGGCGCAUACAAACAUUCCACCGAAAGAACCAGUCGUAUACAGCAAGCAAACGCAAACCAUCCAAACGACACAUACAUCCCACGACGGACUGUCCACAUCGUCCUCCGCAUACACCAUCUACUCCUCCUGUUCAACAACAACACCAACUCACUCUUGCUCCGCAGGCUACUUUGAGACUGACUGGUGGCGCCCCAGGAAAGGUGGGUCUGCACCAAACUACCUAUCUCAUGCGUUCGACUAUUACGACGAGUACAAUCUAAAUCCUGGUUUAGAAUGGGAGGACGAAUUUACAGUUUUGACAUUUGAUGAUGGCCAAGCCGAAGAUGAAGAAAAUAGCUUGCCGCACAUGGACGGUUUCCAAAGCAAGCUUCCUCCGGGAAUCCUUCCUCAUGGGUUACCGCAAGUUAAAGAAGUCCAGCCCGCUGUCACACAGGUAGAACAAGAGAAAGAGAAGGAAAAACCCAAGAAAGAAGUACGCGAGCUCAGCGAGGAGGAGAAACAGAUGAUCAUUCUGUCGGAGGACUUCCAGCGGUUCCUCGAUCGCACCAGCAGGAUCGUGGAGCGAGCACUGGGCGAAUCGGUCGAUAUUUACACCGAUUACACUGGUACUAUGGACGGGGAGGAUGGAAUGGACGAGAAGAGUCACCAACGGCUCUGGCUAAAUCGCUCGUUCAUCUGCGAACGGUGGUCGCGUAAUCGUUGUGUGACUUCCAUGGACUGGUCGCCGCAGUUCCCCGAGCUUUUAGCGGCCUCGUACAACAACAACGACGACACGCCGAACGAUCCCGACGGAGUGUGCCUAAUCUGGAACACGAAAUUCAAGAAAACAACUCCGGAGUUUAUCUUUCACUGUCAGUCGCCGGUUAUGUCCACCACGUUCGCCAGAUUCCAUCCGAAUUUGAUUCUGGGCGGCACCUACUCAGGCCAGAUUGUACUUUGGGACAACCGGGUGCAGAAGAGAACUCCCAUACAACGCACUCCCUUAUCCGCUAGCGCGCACACCCAUCCAGUAUACUGUUUGAGCGUCGUCGGUACGCAAAACGCGCACAAUCUGAUCAGUAUUUCGACGGAUGGAAAAUUAUGCUCGUGGAGCUUGGACAUGCUGUCGCAGCCACAGGAAGCGUUGGAAUUGCACACAAAGCAGUCGAAAGCGAUCGCCGCCACGUGUUUGGCUUUCCCGCACGGUGACGUGAACAAUUUCGUCAUGGGCAGCGAGGACGGAACCGUUUACUCAGCUUGUCGUCAUGGUAGUCGCGCAGGAUUAACUGAGACCUACGAAGGACAUCAGGGACCGGUCACCGGCAUCAGCGCACACGCGGUACAGGGCGGAAUAGAUUUCUCCCAUCUGUUCUUGACGUCUUCCCUCGACUGGACGAUCAAGUUGUGGAGUCUAAAGGAAAACAAGCCGUUGUAUUCCUUCGAGCACAAUGGCGACUACGUUUAUGACGUAGCCUGGUCACCGACGCAUCCGGCGCUAUUCGCCGCAGUCGAUGACUCAGGCAGGCUGGACCUGUGGAAUCUAAAUCAGGACACGGAAGUGCCCACCGCCAGCGUCGUCGUCGACGGGUGUCCGGCUCUGAAUCGAGUGUCGUGGACACCGAGCGGAUUACACGUCACCGUAGGUGACGAUACCGGUAAAAUAUGGGUCUAUGACGUCGCCGAGCAUCUGGCUCAUCCGAGAAUCGAUGAGUGGAAUAAGUUCUUAUAUACUCAACAAGAUCUGAAGAACAACAAAGCAGACGAAGAACUGGAUAAAUUGAACCUUAGCUCUGGACCGUCGUCAUUGACAUCUAUGACGUCGAUUUCGUCGGUUCCUUUGAGAUAAAGAUGAGAUAAAUAUCAUAAUUGCGCUUUAAUUACUCCCUAAUAGUUUUCCCUUGAAAUUUAUCAAAUUUACAGUACUCGCAAUUAAGGUAUUAACAGAAAUUUGUUUACUGCUUCGAUGACUAUUACGUGUAAUAUCGAACAAUUAAUCGACAAUUUUCUUAAUGGCCUUUGCCAUUAAUAGAGACGGCUAUAAUGAAGAGACAUUUAAUGCUUUAAACAUAUGCAUAUUAUUAAAUGUUACAUUGGUCAUAAUUCUAUAAUAGAAAACUGUAUCUUUAACUGACGCAACAAGAUAUUAAAUAGAUAUAUAAUAUUGAAGUUGUGUAAUCUACAUGUAAAUAAUAUUUUAAUUGUAUUGAAAUUUUUAGAAAUAAUUUGUGGAUAAAAAUCUUAUGUUUCGCAAUAAUUUAUCGGUAUCAUGUAAGCAUAUAAUAAUACAUUACGCAAUGCAAAUAGCAUAAAAUUCCACACUUAGGCGUUCAAAGGUAAACGUAGAAAAUUAUAAAAAUAAAUGGUCUCCGAGUAUAUCCUUGUUGUAAUAUACUCAUUAAACAUGUUAAUAUAAUUACAUAAUCCAUAACUCAAAUAAUUUUCUCACAUUUUUGUUUUUCAAUUACAUUUUUCGUAAUAAUCGAUUUAAACAAAAAGAAGCUUAUUUAUUAAGCACUUUGUGUUAUUUCGUUUUAAUUAAUACAAAUGUAUCAUUUAUUGUGUAUAUUGUGGCAAAUAAAUUUUUGUAAACAUA